GGAAACGUUGAGGGGACACAAAGGAAAACGCGAAACUUCGUAAACAUCGCACAAGCAAACAUGGCUGAAUACGGAGAAGUUCAGAAAGGAGCUCUGAAACUAAAAGGGUUGGGGGACCUGUCGUCUGCUAAAAAGAAAAAGAAGAAGGACAAAGAAAAGAAGAAACUCAACGAACAACAAAUAAGAACAUCUCAAACCACCGAGGAAGAAGACAAGAAGACUUAUGUCGACAAAAGGACACCCGCUCAAAUGGCCUUCGAUACAAUUCAAGAGAAAAGACAAAUGGAACGUAUUCUGAAUAAAGCAUCUAAAACACACAAAAGGAGAGUUGAGGAAUUUAACAGACACCUGGAUACUCUCACUGAACAUUAUGACAUUCCUAAAGUCAGCUGGACAAAAUAAACAAGUUGGUACCUGGAUAUGGACUGUGGAGCUCAGUUGUCCUCUUAAACUGUGUAUUUCAUUAAAAUGGUCUUUAUUUAUUUACAAUGGUGAUUGAACAUUUGAUUUGAUUGGUCAUUUGAUUUGAACUACUCCAUUGUUUUUGUAAUCAAUCAUCCAAAUGCAGCAGGUCAAAAGAUUUGUGAGCUUUUCUGUUAGCAGCAUUAUAUGAUUGAUUGAUUCAUUGUACAUUUCCUUAGCUGUUCUCUCCUUUAAAACAGGCUCUGAAAAGUGAGGCUCAGGAUUUAUUUUGUUAUGACAGUCAUUGAUCAGGCAUUUUAGUUUGUGCAACUAAACAAGUUAUAUGUGUUGCCAACCAGCUUUUCUUUUGGACAAUUGUAUUUUGCAUGAUAACAUUCUAAGUAGCUUAUGCAGAUAUUUUUUAAACCAAUGUAUAGCAUCACAUGGUCACAAAUAAAAUGUUCUUGUGGAAUA